GUUUUUUUUUACCUAGUGUAGUUAUAUUGGCCUAACCAUGCCGUUUUUUAAAAAUAAACUAGACCCAAAUCCUUUAUUAACUUAGCUAGUCAAAAAGUUGUUUUGAAGGAGGAACUGAUUGUAAAUAAUGCUGACCCAUCAGGCCAUCUUAAAUGCAAAUUUGUAAACUUAUUCGACAAAGUUACUAAACGACUAGGGCCUCGGCAUAAGCCUAUUCUUCGUUCCUCUCAGUUUAACAAUAACAAGGGCCCAACUUGGAAAAGUACUCUCAUAAUUAAAUGGCCUAAAGAAAUGAUUUUCGAAUCCUUUGCAAAGCGAAAGAUUCUAGCCGAGCGAUUCAAUGUCACCCAAGCAAUGAAGGCUCUCAAGGAACUUAAAAUCUUGGAUGAUUCCUACGAUGUAACGAAUAUCCUGGACGAAAGCACGAAGGUGAAAGCAAACAAUGUGGAUCAGAGAAUUUUGAGGGAAUUGGAGAGGAUGAACCCGCCUUCAGAAAUUUGUAUCGAAAAUGCUGAACUAGAACGGCGCAUAGACGCACUAAUAGCCAAGUUCGAGAAGCUAGAGCCGUAUUUAUUGGAAAGGUCUAAAUUAUUCAUGGCUUCUAGCCACGAGCUGGCUAUAAAAUCACCUCAGAGCUCCAAUAAUUUUGAAAGUAUCUUGGGCGAAGAGGAAAUCAGCUUGGAGGAUAGCUUAUCAUAUUCCUUGCUUUCAUCUCCGCCUACUCCUGGCAAUUUAAACGAUAAUAUAAACCGCCAAAUCGAAAAUUUUGAUGUCAAAGAUAUUAUCUGGGGUCGAAAACUGUACCAUCCUAACGAAGCUCAAAAAGAUUACUUAAACAAAAAAGCCCAGAGCGAAUUUAUCGCCUCGAGAAAAACUCAGAAUCUCAAUAAUAAUCCACAAAUGAACAACGCGCGAAAAAAUUUGCCCAUAUACGCGAAACGCUCUGAAAUUCUUGAAACUCUCGAACGCGAUAAAGUUUUGAUCGUAACGGGUGAUACGGGAUCAGGGAAGUCCACUCAGAUUCCGCAAUACAUACGUGAGCGCAUGAUGGAAAUCGGGAAAAUUUCCGAUUGCAGUAUUAUAGUCACUCAACCCAGGCGUAUGAGUUGUAUAGCCCUGGCGGAUAGGGUGGCCCAUGAGAUGGGUGAAACUUCUAUGGGCGGCGUUAAUUCUAGGAAAAAGUCUACAAGAAAUCUUGAGGGUCUCCAAUCUGAUCAAGACCAGAUCGAACGGGAUUACGGUUUUCAAAACAUCGGAUUUCAAGUCAGGCUUUACCAAUCUCUACCAAGAUAUAACGGGUUUUUAACCGAUAACAACGGUGCAAUAGGCCCCAUUCUCUUUUGCACUGCCGGGAUAUUGUUGAGAAAGUUGCAAAAUAACCCCAAUUUGAUGGGCGUAAGUCACGUUAUAGUGGACGAAAUUCACGAGCACGAUGUUCUCACCGACUUUCUCCUAGCCGUACUCAAAAGGGUUCGCAGAAACAAUCCGUCUAUUUCCAUUGUCCUUAUGAGCGCCACUAUGGACGCUAUUAAAUUUUCCAAAUAUCUAGAUUCAUGUCCUAUUAUCAAUGUACAGGGUAGGAUGUUUCCAGUGAUAUCCUAUUUUUUACCCGAGAUUCAAGAACUAAUUACCGAUAAAAAAGGAGCCAUGAACCAAAAUAUUAUGAAGCCUUCAAAGCCUUUGCCAUUCAAUGAUCUUACUACUACCACGCUAAAAUUCGAAUCGGAACAAAUCGAUUCAUUACUGGUAGAUAUAAAUCCAAUCUCAAAAUCGGAAUUGAUAGGAGAAUUUUCGGAGGCGGAGACAUUCAGAAAUAAAAUGCAAACUCCUAAAUUGGAUAUAAAAUUAACGGUAGAUACUAUCAAUUACAUCCACAAAUCGCAACCCCUAGAAGGCGCUAUCCUCGUUUUUUUGCCGGGUUGGCAGGAAAUCAGGAAGGUCAAAGAGGAAUUAGAAAAAUUAGAUGGAAACUUAACCAGGAACGAGCCCCGCAUGGUUAUAUUACCGGUUCAUUCCAGUUUGCCCCAAGAAGAACAAUCUAGAGUGUUCCUCCAAAUCAACAAUGAAAACAGAAACAACUCCUCUAAACUUAGAAAAGUUAUACUGUCGACAAAUAUAACCGAAACCUCUCUGACCAUAAAUGAUGUCGCUUAUGUAGUGGAUACUGGAUUGGCCAAAGAACACAAGUACAAUACCGACACGGGUAUAUCAUACCUCGACCUAGUUUGGGCCUCAAAAUCAAAUAUCAAACAAAGGGCUGGAAGAGCUGGUCGUACGUCAGCCGGUAAAUGCUUUCACUUAUAUCCUCUGGAAACAUUUGAGCGAUUCUCGUCUUACCCGCAGCCAGAGAUUUUGAGAAUUCCCUUAGAAACGAUAGUGCUCGAAACGAAAUUGCUUUGUUCCAAUUACCAUUACAAAAAUAGCGAAAAACCAGCAGAAAGUGUUGAAGAUUUUCUAUCUUCUCUCAUCAUACCUCCCACUUCUGUUGGGAUUCAUAUGGCUAUAGAUGUGUUGACGAGGGAGCUAGGAUUUUUGGACCAAAAUGAAAAUUUAACCAAUCUUGGCCGUCGUUUGAUAGGCAUCAAUUGUCACCCCAGACUUUCUCUGGCCUUAGCCAAAGCCGCAUUUUUAGGUUAUACCGAUCAAGUUAUAUCGAUGGCUGCCGCCAUGUCCCAUAAUCGAUCCCUGCUUAUUUCAUCCAAUUCUUCUUCCAAUAAUAGAAUUGAUACCGGUAAUUUUGGAAACAAAGACCUGAUCACCCUGAAGAAGAUCAAGGAAAAAUACGCCUUAACUAAUGGGAGCGAUCAUUUGGCGCAUCUAAAUAUUUAUCUAAAAUGGAGAGAAGCCUUGGAGACCGGUUCGGCCUACAGAAUCCUUUUCGAAGAGGAAAACGGCAUAGAUUCGAAAAACGUUAAAUUCAUUCAUUCUAUCAGAAAUCAGCUCAUAUCAGAGGCUAAGAAGGCGGGGAUUAUCGACGAAAAAAUUUACAGAGACCUCAGGAGAGGUGAAGUUCACCAUCGUCACGUGCAGGGGUAUCGACAACAAACAACCUUGCGGCCCGAUGAUUACAAAAUGUUGAAGGGUAUUUUAGCUUCCAGCUUUUAUCCAAACGUAGCAAAAGUGGUCUAUGGGGAUGUGAGGAGGGGUAAACUAGUCAAGGAUUCUAUCCGUCUGAUGGCCAAAAAAUAUAUUCCUUCCAACACUAAUAAUGAGAACGACGAUCAAGUACCCAGCAAUAUUGGCAGUGAUAUAUUUGACGACCAAGAAAAUAUUGUCGUACCAUCGGGGGAAUCCCUUUGUUCCGACAAGAAAAACUAUGACACCGAUUGGAUAACUUAUUUGAAUAUUUUAAAACUUCCCAAUCGCCAAAAUGUAUCUUUAUGCCGAGACGUUUCGACUUUUCACCCCGCUGCCUUAGUCCUUAUGAAUGCUGGCUCUAGUUGCGAUAUACAAAGGACCAAAGACCAUAGCGUUCGUAGAGAAAAUUCGUUGAAAGAAAACAUGUCACCAUCCAUAAUCCUAGAAUCGGAUCCACUCCUAACUUUCUCUGUCCGAGAUAACGUCACGGCCGAACGCAUUUUAACGCUUAGGCGCGUUUUUUCUAGCCUUUUUUCAGCUUACGUAUCCCAUGGGCAUGAAACUUUCUUUCGGGUCUUUCCAGAUUCAAGUAAUAUUCCGGAUUUGGAAGAAAAUUCUUUAAAUGUUUCGUCGGAAAUAUCGGAGAUUUAUCAAGGCAUGAAAGACAUUUUCAAAAGAAUUAUGAAUGCGUGAUAGUUUUUGCGAAAUAUGGGAGUUGUAGGAUAUCAUAAAAACUUAUAUUUAUAUUUGUUAGCGGUAAUAUGUUAUUUUUUCAACUUUAAAUGAGUGCUUUUUUUUUAUU